GAUAAUCUGGAAGACUUGCUCUUGAACCAGUUGAAGGAAGACAUUUUGGAAGACAGUCAAGAUUUUGGAAGUGUAACAAAAGCACAAGUUUGUGCCAUUAAAGCGUUCGCGGGACAGCCUAAACUUUUCGCCUGGAUUAAGAAAAAUAUGAAGUCACUGCAAGAUGUGAAGGUGGUAGUGGAGCUGGCCAGUGUGUCAGCGGGCGAAGUGGGGUAUGAACUGGACAAGGUCAAGUGUUUCCACGAUGCAGUCUUCGGAUACGCACCCUUCAUAUUCGAUCUAAACACGCAGAGUCGCUGGCGUGAAAUGAAACUGGCUUACAAAAGAGUGUUUUCCAAAUUGAAGACAGAUCCUCGUUUGCCCGAUAAAUACGAGGAUAGCGCGAGGCAUUUGUCUUGGUUUGAAAAAGCAAUAAACAGCCAAGGAUCAGGGGAGAAUAGUUCACUCGAAAGGGCAUCCCAAAUCAAUGGCACUGGUCUGUAUAUAGUAAAGUACGAGCCAAAAUCCGAAAAAAGUAGGAAAAUUCUCGUCGAACCAGAAGAUGUCGUGAAACUGCAGUACAAAGAAAAAGGCGAGGAAAGCAUGCAAUUUCGAACAAUGAAUUUGACAGAGUUGCGGGACCUUCUGAGUCGUUUGAUGUUGAUUGCGGGCAAGGAUAAGGAGGAUAAAGCGGAAAUCGUCGACGUUUUCAUAGCUAUGUUUCAAAACAUCGAAAGAUUGGCGUCUUCAUUCGUGACUUUGUAUAACUCUGGCUGUGCAUUUUUCAAUGGAUGGGCUGUUAACAUCAAAACUAAAUGUGACGAAAGCUCUUUGAUGGAAAAGUCUUCUUUGAAAAUUUCAUUAACUGAAGCUGGAAAGGAGUUAAGUCUGAAUACCCGUGAGACAAUUACGGAACUUUCAUUCCUCUGCGUGGUGCUCGAGUCCAUAAAAGCUAAAUGGGACCAGUAUGUUUUCAGCAUGCGAUGCAGACAUCCAACGCUAAAUGAGUUCAACAUGCAACAGUUGAAGGCCCUUUGCUCAGGGCUAGCCCAAUUCAAACGAGAUCAGAAAGGGAUAAACGUGAGCACAAAUUAUUACCUCCAGUCAAUUAAUCAAAACAUCACCCAGAAAGAAAUUUUCAAGUUUUUGAAUGAAGAGUACACUGAUGAUGGCAUAGAAACUGAAGAAAGAGAUUUGGCUGAUAAAUCAAAUCAGUUGAAUACCCUGGAAGAGUUAACAAACACAAAGUUAACUGAUGAAAGAAGCGCGUUGCUCAACAUGAUCGACUGUUUGAAAGUUGAGUUCGAUGGCGAUGAAACUCUAAUUAAGGCUGGAAUCCAAGCUAUUCGAAAUGAGACGAACGAUUCUGGUGGUAAUUUUGAAACGUCCAGCGCUCAGAACUGGAUUACGAAUCAUAGAAAAGAGGCUGACGUUGUCAAGAAUUUAUCCGAGCAAUUCGACGAUUAUUUCUCUUCACUAGAUAUAACUGGAAACACUGAAUCUGGCCUGGACAAGAAUGGAAACAAGGUUGAUGUUAGCGAGUUUGCGCAGAAGAUGGAACGAGUGUUUGACAAAUAUCUUUCAGGGAUCAAGAAAAACGCUCUAGACAAUUACGUGAACCUUUCCCAACUUGGUCACGUACUAAACAGGUGUCUGGCAACGAAGGCUGGAAAAUCAGGCGGAGCAUUGAAAUUCCCCGGACAUUUGAAACAAGGGAAUCCGAACUUGAUAGUUUGCGAUAAGCGUUCAGAUGUUAUUGUCCACCUUGUGUCGCUGUACAACUAUGUGUCGCAAAAUCUACCGUGCCUCAAUCAAGUUUUGCUGUGUAGCUCAAGAACGCCAGUUGCGGAAGUCGAACUGUUCAUUCUGCGGGCUCUUUUGGAUCCUCUGGACAAAGUGUAUGCAAUAGCCUUUGCCGAUGAACUAGAUCCAGCGUGUGGAGAUCAAAUAGAAAAACUGCUCUUCGAGAAAGUGAAAUUUCCAAACUCGUCUUACAAACUGAUUGUUUUCAACUACGACGAAAAUAGUCAGGUUUCGGUCGUUUUGGAGAAGUACAAAAGGCGAUUGGAAAAAGAAUCUGAACAAGAUUUAAGAGAUUAUCUUUGCCGAAACUUGAAAAAUUCGGAAAAUCCAAUAGAUAGCUUCAGGACUAGGCUUGUCACUUCAUCACAACCGUCUUCAGGCAAGUCCUUGCAUAUCAAUCGAUUGGAGAGCGAAGUGAGAAAGAAGAGCAAAGGGAGUUCUCGCCUCAUUCAACGUCUCUAUGACCGCAGUGUGGACUUCACUAGAUUGCUGGACUUCCUUUGGGAACACAAGACACGUUCUGGGCCGACUAUUAUUCACUUGGACGUAUCGCCCAAUGUGAGCGAGAACGUAGAUGAGCUUCUGUUUAAAAUGUGUGUACUAGGAGGUCUGUCAGAUGAGAGAGGCAAACUCUUUCUGACCAAGGCCAAUUUCUUCAUCGCGAUCGAAAUUCUCACACCCCAGGUUUCAUCCCCAUGGAAGCAGCUCUGCAACCUUUUCCCUUGUACAGUAUGUCUCUCUCCAAACCAAUGCUUGCAGAGGACUGAGGUAAAAACUGAUUCACGACGCUUCAUUGGACCAGAUGCAAAUCUCCUCAAAAGCCCAGAAUUCCAGAGAUCUUAUCAUUACCUGGAUGCGUCUAAUAAGGGCAGAGAUCUGUCUUCCUACACGUACAAGGACGAAAAGGAAGCAGAUCGGUUGGUAAUUGAAAUUUUGAAACAAAACAGUGGGCUAGAAAAUCCGACUUGGGCUCAAUUGACUUUCUUUGCAACAUUUCUGAACUUACAGCUGAUUGCAUGCGAGCGUAAUCACUUCGUGGGAUCUGGAGAGUUUCAAGGAUUCAAGAACUUCUAUAUCAAGCACUGUUUGAUUGCAAUGGCAAAGGACUUUGCUCUGCCCAGUUUGAGCAUCGCUGACAAUUCACCACUUUUCGGACUAAAUGAAAGUACGAGUAACUACGAAGUGCACCAGAUUCGAAGACGAUGGGAGAGCAGUCCACAUCCCUACGUCUUCAUCAAUUCCGACCAAAUGACUUUCACUUUUCUAGGGGUGCGAAUAACUAAUUCCAACCUUCUAGACUGCAAAGGAAACUUGCUGGCCCAAAAUGUGAUGAGCACUGAGCUGCAAGACAAGAUAAAACGUCAAGCAAUAGACGAGAAAAAUGUUUUGGAUGAGAACUUUGAUGAGCUUGAGCUGAAAGUGAAGCAAUUGAAACUGUGUCGUGUACUGGGGGUAGAACCCAGUCGAAUCCAGUUUGACGAUACUUAUGAGCUUACACAGGACAAUGUGAUGAAGCUAUUGGCGGUGUACAUGCGAUUCAGAUGCAACAUACCAGUGGUCAUAAUGGGUGAAACGGGCUGCGGGAAAACGAAACUAGUCGAGUACCUGUGUAACUUAUUGGCUAGAGGAGAAAAUGUUGAAAAUAAGAAAAUCGUGAAGGUUCACGGCGGCAUUACAAUGCAAGAUAUUAUUCAAAGCAUAGAAGAUGUUGAAAAAUUGGCUAUAGAAAACCGCAAAAAAUUUGGAGAAGAGUUUUUCACCGUUCUGUUUUUUGACGAGGCGAAUACAACAGAGGCAAUAUACGGUAUCAAGGAGGUAAUUUGUGAUUUUAGCGUGAAUGGUCGAAAACUAGAUCCGAAUUCGGGACUCAAAGUCAUUGUUGCGUGUAACCCGUACAGAAAACACAAAGAUAAAAUGAUCAAGAAACUUGAAUCUCAGGGGCUUGGGUACCAUGUCAAGGCCUCGGAAACGAGUGAAAAAUUAGACUCCGACAUCCCGAUGCGCCACCUGGUGUACCGGGUGAACCCCCUGCCCCCAAGUCUGCUCCCAUUGAUUUGGGAUUUCGGACAGCUUAGCAGCGAGGUUGAAAACAAGUACAUUGAGCAGAUUGUUUCAAAAAGAGCUGCCAGUAUGAGCCUGACACCUGGUGAUGUUCUCUUCAUAUGUCAUGUUUUGAGUCAAUCGCAAAAUUUUCUCCGCGAAAACCGAGAAGAAUGCCUGUUUGUGAGCUUGCGAGAUAUAGAACGCGCGAUGACAGUUCUACAGUUUUUCCACUCAAAACUAGCGUUACUAAUGACAAAAAUGAAAGAAAUGAGUCACAAACAAAGUGAAAUGAUCAACGAUGUUGCAAGGCUAAUGAUUUUAACGCUCGGAGUAUGCUAUCAUUCCUCUUUAGAAAGCCGCAGCCUGUUUCGAGAUGUAAUCGCAGCCUGUUUCACGGGCUCUUAUAGUCUGCCCAAUGGUCCAAACACUAUUUUGAAUGAACUUGAAAUGUGUAUGCAAGUUUUCAUACAAAAUAUCAUUUUAGACAGGAAAGCGAAUAUUGCAAAGAAUCUAGCUCUAACAGAAAAUGUGUUCAUGAUUAUCAUUUGUAUUGAGUUGAGAAUCCCACUGUUCCUGGUCGGCAAACCAGGCAGCUCGAAAUCUUUAGCGAAGACCAUUGUGAUUGAUGCGAUGCAAGGAGAAAGUUCCCGAAACGAGUUUUUCCAAUCUUUGAAGCAAGUUCAGAUGCUCUCAUUUCAGUGUUCGCCUCAUACACAGGCAGAUGGUAUCAUCAGUCUGUUCAAACAGGCGGCGCUGUAUCAGGAAGGGAAAAACUUGCAGCAGUUUGUGAGUGUGGUGGUGCUGGACGAAAUAGGCCUGGCAGAGGACUCAGCUAAGAUGCCCCUGAAGACGCUCCACCCUCUUCUAGAGGAGGGCUACGUGGAGAAUAAAUCGGAAAAACAAGACUGGGGAAAAGUGGGCUUCGUUGGAAUAUCGAAUUGGGCUCUAGAUCCAGCCAAAAUGAACCGGGGGAUUUUAGUCAGUCGAGGUAUUCCUAAUUCAGAGGAGUUGGUAAAGAGUGCCAGAGGUAUAUGCCGAGUGGAAAAUGAAGGGAAAAUAAUUGAUGGACUUAUUCAGCCAUUGGCCGAUGCGUACCAAAAAGUGUACAGUUCUCAAAUUGAAAAAGGGCUUGCCGAAUACUUUGGAUUGCGAGACUUCUAUGGCUUACUUAAAAUGCUUUAUAAGUUUCUGGUGUCAAAUAGACACCGUGGAAUCCAGUGGCAGAUUAUCCGACGUGCGAUUAGAAGAAACUUCGGAGAAAAAGGAGUGGAUUCUUUGACGGUGUUUGCCAAUGAACUGCAGGAAAAGCGAGUUUUCGACGAUGUGACUGUGAGUGAUGCUGCUGACACUUUGCAGCUAGUGCAUGAGAACAUCCAAGAAGCCGAGGAAAGGUCAAAAUUGACGGAAGAAGAACGAAGUUUGGACAAUGAAAGCAGAUACUUAUUGUUAAUGACUGAAAACUUUUCAGCGCUUCAGCUACUGCCCAAGGUUUUGAAAUUGAAAGAAUAUGAGGUGAUUUUUGGGUCAUCGUUUCCUCAUGAUCAACAGUACAUCCAGGUAUGCAAGAACAUUAAUAGGAUAAAAGUCUGCAUGGAAACGGGAAAGACUGUAGUACUACUGAACUUGGGGUCGCUCUAUGAGUCUCUAUACGAUGCGUUGAAUCAGUAUUACGUCUACUACGGAGGAAAGAGGUACGUCGAUCUUGGCUUGGGGACAAACAGAGUCAAGUGCAGUGUCUCCGAGAACUUCAGACUCAUCAUGAUUGAAGAAGAAAAAGUCGCGAGACACUUCCCGAUUCCUCUUUUGAAUCGGCUGGAGAAACAUUUCCUAGGAAUGGAAUCCGUUCUAAACUCUAACUUAAUGAAGCUACGAAAAAAACUGUCGGAUAAUUUGGAGGCGUUUUCAAAUGUCCCUAGAACUGACAAGGAAGAUUCUCUGUUUCAUGUGAGGGAUGCUUUUGUAGGGUAUCAAAUAGAUACCACCGCUUGUGUGUUGAUACAAGCUGAGAACAGCCUCCCUGUUAGAGCAACUGAUGAACAGCUUUUGGAAGCAGCUAGCCUCAAACUGGUUCAGACAUGUUCGAUUGAUGCAAUAAUUAGGUCAAAUUGUGACGUCCCCUCUUUCAACUUGCACAACUUGAAGGAAAUUUAUGGUUCGCAAGGACGAAAUAGUUUGUCUGAAUUCUUGUGGGAACAUUGCUACACUGGAUUUAAUGGCCCAACUCAGUCUGAGUUGAUUGAAAUUUCAACCUUCUGUAGAAUACCUUCAGCCAGAGAUAUGAAACAUUGCAAUACUAGUCUAAUGCAAAAAGAAAAAACACUGAUGUCCCCCGAAAGGCAUUUUGUAAUCAAUUUGAACGUAUUCAAAACCGAAAUUGAGUUUGCCGAAAGAGUGAAAGACUUCUAUCGUAUGGCAGCUAAGCACAAGCAGUUGACUAAAAUACUUUUCAUCACUUGCUCGAAAGGUCAAAAAUUUGUUUCUCUGAUUUCAUCAGCAAAGUACAAACUUCAGAAUCUGCAUGCGGACUACAAAAUUCCGAAACUGUACCACUUGUUCAUUGUCGAGCUUCCGAGGAACUGGUAUGAGUCAGACUACAGCAGUUUCUCAGUCGGAAAGUGGGAGAGUUUCCAUAUCGAUGAGCUCCUAAGAGCAGAAGAGCUUCAAAUUCUGUCCGAAGUUGCCAUCAAGCAGAGUAGGACGCUGAAGGACAUUUUUGCGCUUGAAAACGGCGAAUGUAGUAAAUUUCAAAAGAAACUGCUGCGUGAGGUAGUUUGCGAGGCAAUAGGACAAGAAUCGGGGGGUGACAAAAUUCAAAAGGUGACUAAUAUAUACCGUUUGCUGGACGAACGGCAUGAUCCGCGUUUGGAGACAGUGUUUCUACAGAAAGUGAGUGCGUUUAUUGAAAAAUCUGAUGAAAAUGCGGAGAUUCAAAAGUGGGUCACCCAGAAAGCGGCAAACUUACAGGACUUGAUUGAAUCGGGAACCAUUGAAACCGCUCUAUUCAAGGAACUGCAGGCUAGGAUAAAGCCUCACAUAGCUGAUUUCAUGAAAAUGAUUGAUCUCAACAAUAACAUCAAGCUGUUGUUCGAAGGAAAGUGGCAAAAAAACGCCUGGAUGCGGUUGUUUACCAUAAAAGACAUAUGUCGGGAGCGGACUGGAAACCUGAAUGAAGUCAAGUUUGAGUCCGUUUUCCCAUUCAGCAACGAAAUCAUUGUUAAAUUGAGCUCCCAGUGGACCGAUGCUCUGGAAAAUUGUAACGAUUUUGAAUUAGACGAUUGGCAGUUUUUCGUGCGUGAGUUUCAUAAGCAAGAAAAAGAAUUAGAAAAAGCAAUUAUUUCGAUUUCAGAAGAUAGAAGCGCUGUCGAUGCUUUCAUUCACGACUUGAUCAUGAACGAAUUCAUUUCAAUGAUGAGUAAGAGUUUUGUUCUGGACGAACAUGUUGAAAUGGCAAAAAAGUAUCUGAAAUUCAUCAUAGAUAACCAUUUAGCCGACUCCGAGACGCCCACUAUAGCAGUUGCUUAUGCCCAUUUCAAGAAGUUCUCGCCGCAUUUAUAUAAAGCAGCGCCAAUUUUGAAGUUUUUUGGAUCAAGCCUCAGAAUUCUUCAUCCUAACAACGGCAAAACGUUUGAUUCAGUGGUAGCUAAAGUUGCUCUGGAGUUGACAGAAUCGAUAGCAGAUAAUCUAAAGCCUGCGAACCUUCGCCGCCAAGAAAUUGAGGCGCUCGACCAGCGAGUAUCUGUUCUUAAAUUGUGCUCUGGAAUCGAACUUGAAGUCGAUGCUGCUUUCAAACUGAAGAAACUGUCCAUGUUUUCAACAUAUUUAACCCAAAUUUCUCAAAACUUAGAUGACGAUUUGACCGUUCAAAUUGCUUGCACUGCUUCUGAUAAAAUCUAUCAGUUUGCCGAUACAUCUAGCGCCGAUGACAAAGUUUUCGGAACUGAUCAAUUCCGAGCUCAAUUGCUGCUUUGUCUGAGUCAAUCGGCAGCUGCAAUCGAGCAAGCGACUGGCCAGAAGAGAUGUGCUUUUUGCAAGUCACUAGUGAAUAGUAAUGAAUCAGCCGCUUUUUCUCAUGAAUGCACCAUGCAAGAUGUACAUUACAGCAACAUGAUUGUGGCUCCAGAAGGGCCUCAGAAAUCAAUCUGGAAACAGUUUUGGCUCAAUAUUUCAAAUGCAUUCCUGAGAAUCGUCAAAGAAAAUGUGAUAAAAGUUUGCGAUGAAGCUACGCUCCGCAAUUACAUUGAAGUUUGCCUGAUUUAUAAACGACGAAAAAGUAAAAAAGAUGCGGCAUGGAUUACGGAACAGAUCAAACAGGGGCUACUAACUUUUAUAGCGACCAGCGAACAUUGGGGAAAAUCACUGGACAAACUCAUUGUGAAUAUCGUAAACGACGAUAAAAAGUCAAAUAUAAUUGAUCUAGCACGAACAUACAAGCUGCUUUUGUCAGUUUUCGAAUUUGUUUAUCAACACGAAAGUUUUUUCGAUUUAGAUGAUGUUAGUCAAGCUAAAAGCACUGUUAGUCAGAUUCGAUUAGUCGCUAAAGUGAAAAUUGAACUUUUGGAAUUUGUAAGCAAAUCUGUUGUUCCUUAUGCACAGGUCGAAGAUGGUCACGUGCUUCACGAAACGAUUCCCCGUAUUGCUAAGGAAAUAUUAGAAAAGGGAGGAGAAAGCGCAGAAUAUGCUCGAAAGUAUUUUAUUCAGAUCAUUUGUCGUAACUUUGGUUUGGACAUGUAUCAAAAGGUGAAGUCAGUCCCACAACUUGAACCAUUAAUUCCCCGAAUUCUGCUGAUUUCUAAGAAUGAAGGCUUCUCUGACGUUUUCCUAGUGCUGGGAUCUAGCUAUCAAAUGCCGUUUAACAAAGCAUAUAUUGAGUUGGUCACCAAUGUUGACACAGCUAUUGAUACUUUGAGAGCAGUUAAAGAUCUACAGUUAAGAAACUUGGUCGUCUACCAGUUGCUGGCGGAAAUGAGGUCAAAACAGUUUGCAGCAAAAAACGCGACAAAGUUCGAGCAGCUAAUAGGUGAAAAUAGUAAAACAAUGCGUUUAAGUAUUAGCGUAACCAAUAAAAACGAUAAACUUGCUCCAAACAUGGGCAAUUUGAGGCACCUUCUUUUCUUCUUUCAAACAUUUCUGGAGGUGAACGAAAACUGUGGGUUCAUGAAACCCUUCAAAGACAUCUUUGAUGCAAGGGGAAGAGUGAACGGACUCUAUCUGCCGACGUUCCCUGAUAGCGGAGCGAGGCGUGCCAAAAUAGUCGAGAAUGCUCUGCAAGAUGAAUUGACGACUUGGAACAAAUGCCCAAAUGGUCAUUUCUACAUAAUUUCGGCGUGCGGAAUGCCAAUGCAACGAGGUCUGUGUCCAGAAUGUAAAAAACGUAUAGGGGGCGAAGACCAUGAAUAUGCAGCCGGCAAUAAAAUGGCAGCGAAGCGUGGUGGUAAUGUAAGCGUGACAAAUGAGACGUCAAUAACUGGAUAUUCUGCAGAGCCUAACUUGAACUCUUUUGACAGAGAUUUCCUUAACGCAUUUAAUGGAAGUGUGAUGCAAUUUUUUGUUCACGCGGUUUUGUAUGUCUGCAAGCAACAUGAAGAAAUGUUGCACUGUGCUCGAAAGAAUAUAGCAGAAAUUUCGAGGAAUUCCGUUAAUAGAAGUGAAGAAGACGUCAUAAAGUUCCUGCUGACUGUUAUAAUCGAUGCCUCGACAAAACCAGUACAAGGAUCGUUCGAUAACGAGGAACAGCGAGAAUUAUUUGAAAUUGCUUUCAUAGAAAUUAUUAACGAUGCACAGCGAAAGUUGCCAGAAGUUAUCUCAAAUUACUAUGGGAUGUUUCAAAACGAUUGCAGAAACGAGUCAAACAGCCUAAAGCAGUUUCUGGAAGAUAAUGAGGACAACUCUUCUGAGAAACUCGUCAACAUACUUGAAAACAGAAGCUAUUGGCGAUUAAUUCCUAAGGUGAGCUUGGCCGGUGUGCGAAGUGAGUUAAACAUAAACGUUGCAAAGUACAAAUUACUUGACUGUAUCUUCAAAAAUAAAGAGUGGAUGACAAAACUUGCACAUAUUCCGGAUCUAUUUGAACUUUUCAACAACCUUGUUGAGUAUUACGAUCCGGAUACAUCAAAUAGAGUGAAAACAUUUGAUGAAUUUUCUCGUCAGACUCGAAUCCCGGAGAAGGUGAGAAGGCGAAUGAGAGAAACAGCUAGAGUUUUCUGUGAACUGUGGAACUCAGAAGUCAGACAAACGCCUUCGAUUGGAGGUCUGAGCUGCGGCUACACAGACAGGUUGAACUUGGACUCUCCUUUGAAAUAUUUCCUUCCAACUCGCCAUGUGAGCAACUGCUGUGCUCUGGUCACUGUGAAUACUCUAGUCGACAAAAACAACGAAUUCAUUGUGGCUUACCGAUCGGCACUGAAAAUAGAAACUCCAGCUAUGACGCUGAAAAAUGGUGUCGUGAAGAAGGAGCAUGUUGUUUGCGUGCCCAAUGUCGAGCGGGAGUUGCUCUCAGUUCUUGCCAACUUCGCAACAAUAGACAAUCAGUCAAAACGAGUGAACUUCGACUUAAAUGCGAUAGAAUGCGCGAUUGGCCAUCAGUUUUUCCUGUUCAAGCCUCUAAUCAGCAUGAAUGUAAUGAAACUGCUGACAAAGUCUUCAAGCACCAAAAACGCACUGAGUAACGCCCGAAAUUGCAUCGCUUCGGAGGAGAAAUUGGCCCCUAGUGAGAAGAAGAAGAUCCAAAGCAGGUAUACAGACAUGCCAGAAGUGUGCAAGAUGCUGCGACAACUGGUGCUCCUGAUGAAGUACCUGGACGAGAAUAGAACAGACGACCCCAAGCAAACCAUCGGUCAAUUCCUCGAGAACAUCAAUAUAGAGGCAAUGUCAGGAAUCAGAGACAUCAGACUUGAGUCGUGUGUGUUUCUCUGGCAAGCACUGGCUCUACAGCGAACGACACUAAUGCUGGAACACAGGGGCGAAGAACCCUAUCAAGGGAUGCUACCCGAAUACAGAGAUAAACUCGACUCGCCUCAGAAAAAAGCCCUGAACAAAUUGUCGAGCAAGGAGAAAUAUUUGUUGCUGACUUACUUGAACGAAAUGAUAGUUCUGUAUUUAGAUGUCCCUGAUUUAAUGAAGCCAGAUUACCAUAUUGUAACGCAGUGCUUCGAGGCAUGGUACUUAGAGGACGAAGAACUCGCCAGUUUGGAUCUACCAGAGUGGUGUCAACUCAGAUACGCCGAAGACAUCGUCAAGCAUCUGAUCGAAAGCAUAAACUGAAAAUAAGGGAAUCACAUUUGCUAUUAAAUCAUCUUCUGUUUCAUCUUCUGAGUUAACUUGAACGAUAUCUGCACAAUUAAUCUGAAAAAAAAAAACAGAUAUAGUGUCUCAAAUAUUUACCGACCGAAGUAUAAACCAACCAAAAGCGCUGAGUAAAUAACCCAGCCGAACUAUUACUUAAAUGAAUAAAACUUGCGUGACUAUUGUAACUGUUACCUAAGUAGAACAUAACAAUUAUAGAACAAUAACGCACAUUCCAAUGCUUUAUAUGAUAGCUUUUUGCUCCGAUUUUAGAAGAAGAAAAAAGAGGAAUAUAUAUGCUCGGGGUGGUUAUUUUUAUUCAGAACACUUACAAAACUCUUAUCCGUUGAUCUCUUGAUCUGCAUGGGCCAAACGAGUGUGCACAUCACUUUACUAACCUGCCAAGAGUAUGUCCAUAAAUGCUCGUGUUAAUAAAAACCAAUUAGCUGCCUUAAUUCAGUUUAUAACGAUUUUGUAGUGCCGUAUUAUAAAGCGAGCAGUUUUGGACAUACUAAUGACAGGUUAGUAUAAUGGGGUGCACUACAAAGUCGUUCGAAAUUGAAUUCAGGCAGAUUAUUGGUUUUAGUAAUCCAUAC